CUCUGAUCCCCGAAUGCGUGUGCGUGUGUGUGCAUGCACGUCUGAUCUGUGCCCUCCUGCCUGUGGCCUCGUCUCUGCCUGUCCCUCCCCUCGUCCCUCCUUCUCCUCAUCCUGGCAGCCUGCUCCACCCCUGCUGCAGCUCCACGAUAACCCUUGGGCAAGAUUGUUACCUAAUCUCCCUCCUGGCCCUCUCCAGCCUUCAUCCGGCUUUCUUUCUCCCAGCAGACGCCCGCCCGCCUGGCCUGGCAGCCAUGAGGCCCCCAUGGUGUGGCCUGCGAGUGCGCUCCCGGCCUUCCCUCCUCCUCCUCCUCCUCCUCUCCCUCCUGGGUGGAGGACUGGAGGUGGAGGGGCGGGAGGAUCCAGAGCUGCUGGUGACCGUCCGGGGAGGCCACCUGCGCGGGAUUCGCCUGAAGGCGCCUGGGGGCCCUGUGUCCGCGUUUCUGGGCAUCCCCUUCGCGGAGCCACCUGUAGGUCCCCGUCGAUUUCUGCCACCAGAGCCCAAGCGGCCCUGGCCAGGAGUACUGGACGCCACGACCUUCCAGAAUGUCUGCUAUCAAUACGUGGACACCCUGUACCCUGGUUUUGAGGGCACCGAGAUGUGGAACCCCAACCGUGAGCUGAGCGAGGACUGCCUGUACCUCAAUGUGUGGACACCGUACCCCCGGCCUGCAACCCCUGCACCAGUCCUCGUCUGGAUCUACGGAGGCGGCUUCUACAGCGGGGCCUCCUCCCUGGACGUGUACGACGGCCGCUUCCUGGCGCGGGCUGAGGGCACCGUGCUGGUAUCCAUGAACUACCGAGUGGGAAGUUUUGGCUUCUUGGCCCUGCCAGGAAGCAGAGAGGCCCCAGGCAACGUGGGCUUACUGGAUCAGAGGCUCGCACUGCAGUGGGUCCGAGAGAAUGUGGCAGUCUUUGGGGGGGACCCGGCGUCGGUGACCCUGUUUGGGGAGAGUGCAGGGGCAGCCUCUGUGGGCAUGCACCUGCUGUCCCCGCCCAGCCGGAGCCUCUUCCACAGGGCCAUCCUGCAGAGCGGGACCCCUAACGGGCCCUGGGCCACUGUGGGGGUGGGAGAGGCGCGUCGCAGGGCCACGCUGCUGGCCCGCCUCGUGGGUUGUCCCCCAGGCGGCACCGGCAGCAAUGACACAGAGCUAGUGGCCUGCCUGCGGACUCGGCCAGCUCAGGACCUGGUGGACCACGAGUGGCAUGUGUUACCUCAAGAAAGCAUCUUCCGCUUCUCCUUCGUGCCCGUGGUCGAUGGGGACUUCCUCAGUGACACCCCCGAGGCCCUGACCACCACCGGAGACUUCCACGGCUUGCAGGUGCUGGUGGGGGUGGUAAAAGAUGAGGGCUCCUAUUUUCUGGUUUACGGGGCCCCAGGUUUCAGCAAAGACAACGAAUCUCUCAUCAAUCGGGCCCAGUUCCUGGCUGGGGUGCGGGUUGGGGUCCCCCAAGCAAGCGACCUGGCAGCGGAGGCUGUGGUCCUACAUUACACAGACUGGCUGAACCCGGAGGACCCAGCCCGCCUGCGAGAAGCCAUGAGCGCCAUUGUGGGCGACCACAACGUCGUGUGCCCCGUGGCCCAGCUGGCUGGGCGGCUGGCUGCCCAAGGCGCCCGCGUCUAUGCCUACGUCUUUGAGCACCGUGCCUCCACGCUGUCCUGGCCCCUCUGGAUGGGAGUGCCCCACGGCUAUGAGAUUGAGUUCAUCUUUGGGCUCCCCUUGGACCCCGCGCUGAACUACACCAUAGAGGAGAGAGUCUUUGCCCAGCGAUUGAUGAGAUACUGGACCAACUUUGCCCGCACAGGGGACCCCAAUGACGCCGGGGACCCCACGGCCGCGCAGUGGCCGCCCUACACGCCGGGCGCGCAGCAGUACGUGGGCCUGGGCCUGCGGCCGCUGGAGGUGCGGCGCGGGCUGCGCGCCCAGGCCUGCGCCUUCUGGAACCGCUUCCUCCCCAAGCUGCUCAGCGCCACCGACACGCUGGACGAGGCGGAGCGCCAGUGGAAGGCCGAGUUCCAUCGUUGGAGCUCCUACAUGGUGCACUGGAAGAACCAGUUCGACCAUUACAGCAAGCAGGACCGCUGCUCGGACCUGUGAGGAGACCGGCUGUACAUACUCUUAUUUAUUUACGGUCUGGACUGUAGCAGACGACCCCAGACCGCGCUCCCCGCCAGCCCGCCCCCUGGGCUCCCGCCCUCUGCAUGUCCCGG